AUGACGGUAUUACACGCGACGAGUUUACGAACGACGCGUUGGAAAGAGAGCCAGUGCUGCCACUUCAAGAACGAUGUUUUAGGAGGGAGGAAGAGGAAGCACCACGUGCACGCGGACGCUUCAAAGUGCGAGCAAGUGCACUCGUAUUUACACACGUCUCCGAAGAGCACGAUUUUGGAGCGAGCGUUUUUGGAGAGGUACUGGACGUUUAUGGUGCACACGUUUUGUCCGAAAUGGCUGGCGCCGAAUUUAAUCACCACGCUCGGCUUGUGUUUCGUGAUUCUGAACGUGUCUUUAGUUUUGUACUUUUCGCCGGAGUUGGACGGGUCUUCGCCGAAUUGGGUGUACGCAGUUUGCGCGGUGGGUUUUUGGAUUUAUCAAACCAUGGACGGGAUGGACGGGAAACAAGCGAGGAGGACCGGGACUGGGUCGCCGUUAGGGGAGGUUGUCGACCACGGGUGCGACGCGUUUAGCGCGUGCGCGUACGCGACUAUUUUGUGCGACGCGUUUUCGUUCAACGCCAAGACGAAUCGGUUGUUGGUGUGUGCGAUUACGAGUUGUGGCAGAUGGAAUUUUGGGUUGGAUACGGUCACGAGCACGUAUCAAGGGUUGUUGCCGAUUAACGAUUUUGACGCGCAAGAGAUUCAGAUUAUCUGUCAGAUUGUGUUUUUGCUCACGGCGUAUCUCGGACCGAGCGGAUGGAAGGAAAUUAAUGUUCCGGUGCCGACGUUCGUGAGUCCUAGCGGGACGAUUCCGGUUGGUUUGCUCUUCAUGGGUGUGGCGAGUAUUGUUUCGUAUACGACGAGGUUUAUAACCGUAGUGAAGACUGUCAGGAAGAGAAGACAGGUGAAGAGUGGAAGCGUUGCGACGGGAGAAGGUAAACGCAGGACAUCGACGAGAGCGCAGAUGAAGAAGAACGGCGGUUUACCACCGCACUGGCCGCAAGACCGUUCCUUAGCCGCGGUGUAUUUGACUGUUGUUGUCAUCGAGUUGUGUUUCUUCAACGCCGUUUAUCAUUCGAAAAACUUUAUAGCGGCGCACAUCUGCGCGUGCGUCAUGUUUACCGAAGUCAUGGUUCGCGUGAUGCAAAUAAGAGUGAGCGAUCCCAACUUUCGCGUGUUUAACUGGACGCACGCGAUAGUCGCGUACGUCGCGUCGCAAGUAAUCGAGAAGACGGACGACGUCGGGAUGGGUACAGUGAUUGCCGUAGCGUUGGCGACCUUUUUCUACCGAUUCUUUCACUUGGUCGCUCAAGUUACGGGUUGCUUGGGAUUGCAUCCGAACAUCUUCGUGAUCAAAAAAGCUGCCGGGAAUCACAAGAAAGGGAAAAAAGGACAUUAA